CCCCUCAGGUACUGGGCUGGGCCAGGUGAGGGGCCUGACACAGCCGCCAACACCACGGCAGCCCAGUCUCUCAUGUGCAGCGAGAGGGGGUGGAGCCCAGCCCUGGUACUUCCUCUUUCUGUGCUCAGCCCUGCUCUCCACUACCCCAUCUCUCUCUCUCUCUCUCUCUCUCUCUCUCUCUCUCUCUCUGCCUCUCUUCCCCUCCUGUCUUCCUGCCCACCUCCCCCACUUGACUACCACCGCUCCCGUCUGGUCCCUCGAGCCGGUUGCUCACUCCUCCAGAUGUCGGCCCAGGAGAGCUGCCUCAGCCUCAUCAAAUACUUCCUCUUCGUCUUCAACCUCUUCUUCUUUGUCCUAGGCAGCCUCAUUUUCUGCUUCGGGAUCUGGAUUCUCAUCGACAAGACCAGCUUUGUGUCCUUCGUGGGCAUGUCCUUCGUACCCCUGCAGAUCUGGUCCAUGCUCCUGGCCAUCUCAGGGGUCUUCACCAUGACCCUCGCCCUCCUGGGCUGCGUGGGGGCCCUCAAGGAGCUGCGCUGCCUCCUGGGCCUGUACUUUGGGAUGUUGCUGCUGCUGUUUGCUACGCAGAUCACGCUGGGCAUCUUCAUCUCCACCCAGCGGGUCCGGCUGCAGCGCAAGGUGCAGGACAUUGUACUGGGCACCAUCCGGAACUACCGCGCCGACCCAGAGGAGACAGCGGCAGAGGAGAGCUGGGACUACGUGCAGUUCCAGCUGCGCUGCUGCGGCUGGAACUCGCCCCACGACUGGUUUGGGGUCGUCCUCCUGAGAGGCAACGAGUCCGAUGCACGCCGCGUGCCCUGCUCCUGCUACAACUCGUCGGCCACCAACGACUCAACCGUCCUGGACAAGAUCUUCUUCCCGCAGCUCGGCCGGCUGGGGCCGCGGCCUCGGCCCAAGCACAAUGCCGACGUCUGCGUGGUGCCAGCCAACGAAGACUACAUCUACCGGGAGGGCUGCGCACAGAGUCUGAAGAACUGGCUAGAAAACAACCUCAUUUCCCUAGUGGGCAUCUGCCUGGCCGUCGGCCUGCUCGAGGUGAGUGUCAUGAUCCUGAGCCUGAAGCUGCAGCGCUGGGCGGUCCGCCGGGAACCGGAGCCCCAAGAGGCGGACGCCGACGGCCUGAGCCCUGGGCUCGGUGUGAGCGUCGACGGUGGAGGGCGCUGUGCCGCGCUGGGCAGCGGCGGCGGGCGUGGCAGCAGCCCGUGGGGUGGCUGGUGCAGGGCCGGGGCCCGGCCCAGCUGGGGGGACAAGGCCCCGCAGGGCCGGCUGCCCAUGGGCCUGGGGCCCUGGCCGCUCUGGGACACAGACGAGGAGCAGCCGGAGGUGGAGGUGGAGGCAGAACCGGAGGCCGAGGCGGAGAGGGAGACGGAAUAAAGGCCCUCGGGUGUGCUUCCGGCCUGACUGCUUCUGGCACUGCCACCCCCAUAGACUGCAGGGGU